GUGAUCAUUCUAUUGUUCUGCAAUAUUGUGAGGGAGCGCGUUUGAAAGCAUUCACACCAUUUAAACAUCAUGUUGUUUAGACUUUUUAAUACAGUUUAUAAUCAGAUUGUUGCUUGCCAUAAUACCAUGCCGCUAAGAUGCUGUCUUCCUGUGACUGUUAAAGGGUCUCUCGCAACUUGGUAUAUGACGGAGCACAUCGGCAGACGUAUUAACUCAGCAAGCAAUUUCCACACAAUGGGAUCUAAAGGUGAACUGAUAUUCUGCUAUGGCACACUGAAGAAAGGCCAACCAAACAACAAGAUCAUAAUCGAUGAAACAACUGGACAUGCCAAAUUUAUUUGUCAAGGUCGUAUUAAGCACAAAUAUCCACUAAUCAUUGCAAGCCAAUACAACAUUCCCUUUCUGCUGUAUGCAGAAGGCAAGGGCUAUAAUGUGCAAGGAGAUGUUUAUGAAGUUGAUGAACAGAAAAGAGACUUUUUAGAUGAUUUUGAAGGACACCCAACAUACUAUGAGCGCAUGCUAACUGAAAUUGUGGUGGAUGAGGAAAAUGCCUAUGAUGGAGAAAAACUGCCGAAGACUUUGAUGUGCUGGGUUUACUUUCUAAAGGAUUUUAACCAGGACAUGCUGGAUCUACAGUUCUAUCAGAAUUAUGACAGUUUUGGAUCUCAUGGUCAGAGAUAUGUAGAAAGGUAUUUGAGACCUCAGUCUGCAGAUGAAACAAUUAAAAAAUAUGUAAAAUGCUGAUUUUUGCUCUGUGUAUUGGAGUAAUAAGAUCAGAUUUACUUUCAUGUUUUCACACAACGAAUUGAACUGAACAAUACUUUAUAUAAAUUCACAAAGCAUGUUUCUCAUUUAGUCUUUUUUGCAGGCAUGUGUAUGAAAGUAUGUUUGAGUGGAAGUUGUUCAUGAAAGGACUGUUCAUGCAUAUCUAAAUUAUAAUUCACAACCUAAAAAGAAAGAUAUGUCAGAGAUGCUUCGUAGUCUGUUGCAGUUGUCAGAGUAUCUGUCCGAGUCAGAUUAGUCUGUAAGAUCUGUCAUAAUAAUUUGAGAAACUGGUUUUGCCAUUAGUAUGCAUCAUUAUUUAUCCUUAGUCAUUACUCUACUGAUAAAGAAAAGGUCAGAAUUAAAAUAUGUAUUGUCAGACAUAUUCUUUUCAUUAGUGCAGGGACACAGAUGUUUUACUAUUGGUGGCCAGUCCUGCUUAUCAUUUUGAUAAAGGAAGGUCUUUUUAAGUGUAGAAAUAAUAGAUUAUGUGGUUGUCUCUAAAAGUGUCAGUAAGUAGUUUACAUGUUUUUGUGGUGGAGUUAACUGAUAUUUUAGCCUGGUGAUACAUAGCUGCUUGAGUUUAACCUCACUGCUCCACUCCAGCAUGUCUGUACCACCAUAGCAAGCAGCAGACUCUGUGGAAUCCUAAAUGUCCACCAGCAAGCUGAAAAUAAAUAAGGACAAGGCUUAGGUCAUUCCAAUAACCUCUGCAAUCAACUGAAAUGCGAGCUGUUCAUUAUUUCUUUCACUUUCCUUUUUUUUCCCCAGUUCAUCAGGAAACCUGGUAUCAACACAUUAUUUCAUGAAUCUCACAUUAAUGCAUAAGUCAGGGUUCCUUGAGUUUCACAGAUCAGUUAUGUCCGACCCUUCCUUUUAGUUUCUGCCACCAAAAAGUUGAUAUCUGCUUGUGUAUUGUCCCAGCUAGAUUACUCCUAGACCUCCUCUCUAUACCAUUCAUUUGAUAAAAGACAUUUACCCGAUGCUUUAUCCCAUUCAGCUUCACUGUUUGGAAAUCUCUGACAAAUUUUCUUCAAAUUUUGUCAACAUUUGAAACUUUCAAGUCCAGCCUCAGAACCCACCACUUUGAAAACUAUUUUUUCUUAAUCCAGCACACUCUUCUUUUCUCUUUUCAGUCGUCAUCUUCAUCCCCACACUUCAUUCAGUUUGCUGUGGUGUCAUCUGUUUGUUGCCGCUUGUGUUUCUUUGCUGUAUGGUUGACUUUUGGUUCUUUUGGAGACUUUUAUGCACAGCACAUUGAGCUCACCUCCUCACAGUGUGCUCUACAAAUAUAUAUAUAUGCUCUACAAAUUCAGUUAUUAUUAUAACAUGUUGUAGAUUAAAGGCAAGAGUGAAUGUUAGUUCUAGUCAGUGUGAUAAAUAAAGCAAAGAAAGAAACCUUUGCUUAUGUUUAACUAUUUAAAUAAGUCAACGUGGUUACCGUUUUCUUUUACAAUCAUGGCACUAGAGUCAUGCAAGAUAUUUGUUAUGAGAUGCUAUAGUUGUCUGUACAUUCUACAGUAAAAUUUCUUGAAAGUUUGAGCAUUAUCAUGGGAACUGACAUAGUAGCAGCAUCAGUAGUUAGUGUUUAUUGUUUCAUUAUUAUUAUGGAUAUUUAUUCUUUUCAAAUCCAAAACAUUUUUUCAAAUCCCAAUUCAGAACUAGAUUAUGAAUGGAGACAAUGGAUCCUUGUUAUGUUUAAAAUAAAGAACUUGUAAAAGUAAAGUUUAAUCAGUUUCAGAAAAUCGAAGUACUACAAUCUGAAUAAAGUUUACAUCUUUACUUAAACAGUGCUAUAUCCCUCGUUUGUUGUCAAAGUUCGGAAGUCAUCAGCUAAUGCAAAUGCUCUCAAAAUGCCUGUAAUCUUCGAACCUAACAGAUCUACUUUACUUGGCUAAACACUGUGGCUGGAUAAUUGGUGAAUCACGACUCCUUAAGCUCCAGUGCCAAUCAGGCUGUUCCUCUUUGUUGUUCAAGGAAAGAGGGUGGAAGUUCCCAAGGGGAAUUUUCAAUUAAAAUUCUACCUCGAACACAUUGGAUGUGCCGCCUAGUCCCAUUCUAAGUGUUGGGUUCUUUUUCCCAUUUUCUAUACAGCUGUAUUUACCUGACCUUGGAUUCUACUAGACCCUG